GUCAAAAUCGUUAAAUAUUAUCGCUCGGGGAGACUUCACUUUCAAGUUUCAUCAUUUCAAAGGAAAAUAGUCGUGCAAUCAAUAUUUGUUCUUGUUUCGUUCGUUUCAUAAGACUGCGGCGGUCCGUGCGUUUAGUGUGUAUAGUAUAGUUCAAUUUCCUAACCUUAGGUGAAGUCACGUUUACGGUCACCUUCCCUAAUCGGAAAGUUUAUUUUAUGUGAAUCUAAUAAUAUAAUAUUCUGCCUAUUUAAUUAGAUCGUUAGACGAUAAAACAUCUGUUUUAUUGUCUAGAUUAUCGAGAACUAUAAAGCGCGAGUGAAUAUAAUCUGUUAAGGAAAUAGUUGUUCAUAAAAGUGCUACGAAAUAUUGGUAUUUAGUUGAAGGCGGCCGAUGUCUGGAGCAACAAUGAAUGGACAUCAACUACCUGACGUGCUGCCACCAGGCUACAAGGUAGAAGAAAUUGAGAUACCCGUUCCUUGGGGUCAUGUUGCGGGACGAUGGUGGGGGCCACGGGACAAGCAGCCAAUCAUUGCCAUCCACGGUUGGCAAGACAAUGCAGGCACGUGGGACAAUCUGAUCCCACUCCUACCAGUCACAACUUCAGUCCUUUGCAUAGACUUGCCAGGACAUGGUCUAUCCACACACUAUCCUAAAGGUAUGCUCUAUUACAUCUUCUGGGACGGUAUUGUCCUUCUGAGACGGAUAGUCAAACACUUCGAAUGGAGCAAAAUCACUCUAAUGGGACAUUCGCUUGGUGGCGCUCUCAGCUUCAUGUACGCAGCCUCAUUCCCUGAUGACGUAGAGAAAAUUAUUUGCGUGGACAUCGCCAGCCCGGCAGUCAGAGAACCGAGUACUAUGGUCAAAGGUACAGGACAGGGCAUUGACAAAGUUUUAGACUACGAGAAUUUACCUAUAGACAAAGUACCUUGUUACGACUACGAAGAAAUGAUAGAUAUUGUCUGUGAUGCGUACAAAGGAUCGAUUUCGAGGGAGAACUGCAAGGUUCUCAUGAAGCGAGGCAUGAUGCCUACUCCAGCGCAUUUGAAGAAAAGGGGUUAUUUCUUUAGGAGGGACCCUAAGUUAAAAGUGUCUGGGUUGGCGAUGAUGUCGAUAGAAACGGCUUUGGAAUAUGCGGCCAAGGUCAAGUGCAAAGUCCUUAAUCUUCGUGCGUUACCAGGGCAAAGGUGGGAAAAGUUAGAUUACUAUAUGAGCGUCAUAGAGAAGAUGAAGGCUACGGCUGAUGUUCGGUACGUAGAGGUUGAAGGAACGCAUCACAUACACUUAGAAGAUCCGGAGAAAAUAGCGCAUAUUAUAGAGGAAUUCUUAGAGGAUUAUUAAUUUAAUCUGGCUUCGUUGCUAAUGUGAUAUUUUUGUGAUGCGUAAAUGCACUGUAGUUAGGUACAGUUAGUUAUGAAACUAGUUGUUAUGUCUCAAAGCUUAAGCACAUAUUUAGGCAUCCAGUGAUUUAAUACAAUCCAUAAUAUAUAAUAUUGUAAGUUAUAAUUCAUUUUCAUUCUGGUUCUUAAGAUUUGAAAUACCAAAGGUACUGAAUUUAAAAUCUGGGCCUUUAGCCAAAUGCCACUUUAGCGCUUGUCUACAGAGAGGGUAGGAAUCAAAAUGUAUGGGGAUGACAC